GUUUGCAGACCAUCCCACACAAUCACCACAAAUCCCGCUCUUGACUGCAAGAACCCCAUCGAUAUCAAGUCUCAAACCUCCGUUGUCGUCCGAUUCACCUGCGGAAUCUCCAAUAGCUCAUCAGCCAAGAGAUGCUGCCUCUCUUGAUCAUGCACCGAGACUUCGAUGCUUCCGUCACUGUGGGUGGCUGGGGAAGACGGCUGCGACUCAGCUCCCACGCGCUCCCACUGCACGCCCUCUACGACCCUAAUUCUAACCACUAGGCUCAUACGCCUGAUCUCAUGGAUCCACUGUGCUUCGCGGUCGCAUAAUGGGCCGCUCAUGGUGCUUCUCUUUUGAGCACUUUGUUUUGUCGAUACCAGUUGGUCUAGCGUCAUGGCUUCGACUGAUCUAUGGUCCAAACACCUCGUGCUUGGUGUGCAUCUGGGUCCAUGCUUCAAAUCCGAGGACCCUUCUCGCGUAACGAAAAAUAUCACAUCAGACACCGGAUCCAGAAUGAAAGACUAUCUAUCUGCAAUGCUUUCUGAAUCUCGAUGGUUGCAUCAUGAACACAGGCUUGUGUUUUAUGCUGAUGCAUUUAGAGUCCCAUCUGCUUGUCCAAGUAUUACAAUCUUAUCACUUGGUUCAAUUGGUGGGUGAGUGUGCGAGCAUUUUUGCUGCUCCCAUGGAUCUCCGGAUCUUUUUCCGGGAAGAUCAAGUUGGGUAAACAGCCAGCGCUUUUCAAAUCUGCCCAAUCUGUCACGACAUCCAAUCAUUUAAAUAGGGCGAGCGGUUUUGAGGCUUCAUUCGCCCAGAAGGCAGACCUGCUCGGCCUGCUCCAUUCCUAAACAGCUUGGCCAGGUAAUCAGGCCUGCGCUUCAUGCAUGCAGUUUAGCCACUUCUGGUCAUCCAUAUCCCAAGUGGGCUAUGCAGCGUAUCCUUGACGAUUCAGAACUUUGAAACCCAUGCAUGGCUACAGAAAUGUACGUUUUGGUCAUCUCGAGAGCCUCAUCACCUUUUGAGACAAACGGGUUCAGUGAGACAGGGCCUGCUACGACUCUGAAUGGCCUCCUCAUCGCAGCAUCAACGGCAUUGCCCACCAAUGCCGAUGUGAAUCCGAUAUGAAGGCCGGCCAAUGUCUUUGCCCAACUACCUCAGCAUAUCCCAUUGGUGAGCAUAGGGAUACCGCCAUUAUGACUCGAAGAGAGGAUGCGAUUUUCGGGCACUCACUCUAGCCCCCACGACAACGCAGAACCUCUCUAAUUCAGUCUUUUCGGUUUCAGAGGCACAUGCUUUUCGGUUCCCCUGAUCUAACGCAAUAUUGAUUCCAAUACUGUAUCAUAUUCGUUCUGUAUCCGGUAUGAAAGACAACCAGGAGAUAUUCUGGGCACUAUUCAUGGCGCAGCCUUUCCGCAUGACACUCUUUCUAGAACAGGAACAACAAUGCAGGUCUUGCUAGUGCUGGACUUUUAUCUUUGAUAUCGCGUUGUUCUUUGUUUUUCCCUCCAUUUCACCUUCACAUAUCAUCAUUCAGGGCUCAUUCUGACCGAGAGUGGCCCAGUUGCGCUGAUAACUUUACUACGGCCGAGAGUCACUAUGCGCACUCAGAGAAUUCCACUAGCUCGCAGCAGAAGACCUUAGAACACUGACUGGUUACCUCUCUUUCAGUUAUCAAGUGGCGUAGGGUAUCUCCCGAACAUGCGGUCUGGAUCCCUGUCCGAGUUUUGGGCCCACGUUCAUCGUAUGUGAAGAGAUUUCCAGCAGAACGAUACACCGUUCUGGAUUUUGCUGCUUCUUCGCAAGGAUUCCAGGCUCUUGGCAGCGUCAGUCUCAACGAGCAUCAUGUCAUAUGACGAGGCUGCGGCUGGGAAUCCAGGAGACAGAGGUGCCCUGUGUCUAUAACACCCGCGCCUUAGUAUUCGAUAUCUGAAACACUCACGGACAUCAGCAUAAUGAAAUUGUUUACACCACAAUCUCACCUAAGGGAUUAAAAGUUGGCACAUGCGGUAUUCCAGGAUCAAGAAUCGCCGACAAUGCAGCUUGGUAACCCAGAAAUGUUAACGUGGGACAGGUAUGUCGCAGCCGACAAACUGCAAUGACACUCACAGCAUCUUGGAACAAAGAAUCUCACGUUCCCUUCUGGAGGACGAAACAGACAGAGUUGUCUUUAUAUAGACUAGUCUUGUUUUGCAAGUGCAAUUUGGACCCCAAUCAAGUGUGUUUUGCGAAGCUGGGGUAUCAUGUGCAUAUCAACAUCCGAAUACUCUGAAGCGAAGGCACUGAUAGCAACUGGUCUCCAAGCUAUCCAUGGAACCUUACUCCUCGAAGCUAAGAUUGUAAAACUACGAUCCAUGAGAUCAUCCACUUUGCUGUUUUAGAUAAAGUCACACAUCUUGUAUAGCAAUUGUUAACUACUUUUAGUGUCUGACACUGGGGUCGGCCAGUAGAUCACCAUCUCUCUCAGGAGUUAUUCAAGUACCAUCAAGAGCACUUGAUAGCCGUGGCUUCCGGGUAGCAUCGCGAACAUCACGCCGGACAUUCUGCCCGGUCAACUAACCAAGAUCUGAUACCUUGAGCAUCGUCAAGUGCAUGAAGACAAAGAAAUACUAGGACUUGAGCUUGAGUGUAUUUGACCUUGGCUCCAGAUACGCAAUGGGACAAUCGUUACUUUCUCCUAUCUAGAGAAUGACCAGCAGUGAAUAUGGUAGAGAGAAACCUGGUGCUUUUUGCUGCAUCCCGGACACGACCCUGACAGCUGAGAAGGGGCCUUUCAGCUACUUGAUCUCAUGAGCGGGUAUGUUUCUGAAACAAGUGGCUUAGACAAAAGGCUGGGCCUACAAGGUUUUGACAUAAGGAAGCGGGGGUACCCAGGUAGCAGGCCUAGACGAGUUGAAGGAUGACAGUUCCAAUAUCCAACAGCUCUCUACGACAGUAUCUUAUCCUAUGACCGUGCAGUCUGGAAUGCGCCGUUACGGGAAUUAAUGGGCAGCAUCGGAGUUAUCCGGGCGAAAAGGAUAUCGGUUCCAGAAUGCAUAAACGGACUGCGCCACCAGGACCUCCUCAGAUACACUAUUAGCCUUGGCAAUACUCCGUGUCUAGCAUAACUGACGGGUAAUACAUCCCGAUCUUUUCUUCUCAUACGAAGCUGGUGAUGCAUAUGGCUAAGAGGAGUUGUCGAGGAUGCAUUCAGGCCCGCGGUAUCGAGAACUUCUGGUGUAGGUAUCCCAUGCACAAACACAGCACCAUAUCGCGAUCAUGAACCAGAAUCACAUCAACGGUUUAGUCCUUAGUUGAACCUAUCUGAUGUUAGGUUCUGGCGAGUGCAUUGGGAGAGCAGCCUGACCGUACCUAAUAAAUGGGCUCGCGGUGUCAUUGUGUCGUGAACAUCGUUACACUGGUAACUGGUGCCUUGGACACACAUCACCCUUGUUGGUGGCUUUUCAAACUAUCGUCAGCCAAAUCGUCAGCGGUUAUUUUACGCUAUGUCCUCAGUUUUGUUCCUACGGUUCGCUAUUGAUACCGUGGGGCCUCGUGCUUUGUCAUUGACGAUAGGUUCUGAUAUUGCACUAUUGAGACCGGGUUUAUCUAUCUCUGCCUUUUAAGAAAAUAGCUCCAGUUCAUAUAUAUACUCCUAUCAUCAGAUCUCUGUGCCUUUGUCCCCCGAAGACCUCCACAAUCUGGGACGGCCUGCGUCACUCGAAAUCGUCGCCUCUUGUAAGCGCCCAUAUCAGGUGUGUCCAUCAGUCACAC